GGGCGUGGCUCGCAGGUAUAAAAGCCGCGGGUCGCGCGACGGAUUUCCCAAAUCAGCACUGGUAAUUUCUCCAACCUUGCUCCUCGAUUCUUCUCCCUUCGACUCCCACUAGGUGAUCAAUUCAGAAUGUGUGACGACGACGUUGCAGCGUUGGUGGUCGACAACGGCUCCGGUAUGUGCAAGGCCGGAUUCGCCGGCGACGACGCACCCCGUGCCGUUUUCCCGUCCAUCGUCGGCCGUCCCCGCCAUCAGGGAGUCAUGGUCGGCAUGGGUCAGAAGGACUCGUACGUGGGAGACGAGGCCCAGAGCAAGAGAGGUAUCCUCACUCUGAAGUACCCGAUCGAGCACGGCAUCGUCACCAACUGGGACGACAUGGAGAAGAUCUGGCACCACACCUUCUACAACGAGCUGCGUGUGGCCCCCGAGGAGCACCCAGUUCUGCUGACCGAGGCCCCCCUCAACCCCAAGGCCAACAGGGAGAAGAUGACGCAGAUCAUGUUCGAGACCUUCAACACCCCCGCCAUGUACGUCGCCAUCCAGGCCGUGCUCUCCCUGUACGCCUCCGGACGUACCACCGGUAUCGUGUUCGACUCUGGUGACGGUGUUCCACACCGUGCCCAUCUACGAGGGUUACGCUCUCCCCCACGCCAUCCUUCGUCUGGACCUGGCCGGUCGCGACCUGACCGACUACCUGAUGAAGAUCCUCACCGAGCGCGGCUACUCGUUCACCACCACCGCCGAGCGCGAGAUCGUCCGCGACAUCAAGGAGAAGCUGUGCUACGUGGCGCUGGACUUCGAGCAGGAGAUGCAGACCGCGGCCUCCAGCUCCAGCCUGGAGAAGAGCUACGAGCUCCCCGACGGACAGGUCAUCACCAUCGGGAACGAGCGGUUCAGGUGCCCCGAGGCCCUCUUCCAGCCCAGCUUCCUCGGAAUGGAGUCGGCCGGCAUCCACGAGACGUGUUACAACUCCAUCAUGAAGUGCGACGUUGACAUCCGUAAGGACCUUUACGCCAACACAGUCCUCUCCGGAGGCUCCAACCAUGUUCCCGGCGUCGCCGACAGAAUGCAGAAGGAGAUCACCGCCCUGGCUCCGCCCACCAUGAAGAUCAAGAUCAUCGCUCCUCCCGAGAGGAAGUACUCUGUAUGGAUCGGCGGCUCCAUCCUGGCCUCCCUCUCCACCUUCCAGCAGAUGUGGAUCUCCAAGCAAGAGUACGACGAAUCAGGCCCAUCCAUCGUCCACCGCAAGUGCUUCUAAGCGCCAGACAGAAACACCCCUAGCUCUAAACCAACCUUGGAUGCACUUUUAUGUUGGAUGAGUAGUGCCCCCACAAACAGCAAUUGUAGUUGUGCUCUGUCGUGUGUUUCUUCUGUGUAAUGCACGUCUUGGUGUAUGCAAGCAAUGAGUUUUUAAACCUCAACCAGAUAAGACUGCAA